UUCGAAGUUAUUCUCUUGAUUCUCAAAGGAGGACUUGAGAAGAGCUCUGAGAGGCUUUGCUCUUUCAGAGUUUUUAUUUCUUUCUUUGGGAACUUGCUAUUCCUAAAAAUUUAGUUAGUUGCUUUAGAAGUUCACUUGAUUUCUCUUCUUGCAAACCAAGGAGUUCAACGCAACCCAGCAAGAUUGAUGGGACAGGACUCUGCGAAAGAAUACGCCUUGAAAGACAAUGCUUCCCCACAAAGGUUCCAAGAGUCAUGGGUCAUUGCCUCAGAGUAACUGUCCACAUUGCACAUGGAAAAAAGGGGAAAAAGCCAUCUCCCAUGUCAAUCUUAUACAUACACAAUUAAGCCAGCGGAAAUUCCCCCCUGAAAGCCAAGUCUGUGAAGGUUCCCAUUCAACUGAGAUUCCUGUUUCUCAGGGGAAAAUUGCCAUCUGGCCUCCACCAUCAGAUCAUGAUAAAUGUACUCAUGGGAAUCUAGCCUGUGAAGGUACACAGCAAACUGAGACAUCACCACCCCAUGGAAAAGUUGCCAUGCAGCUGAUACCACCAGGACAAGGAAAAUUCAAUAAUGAGAAUCCAGAAUAUGAAAACUCACAGUCCACUGAUUCUCCCAUUCCCCAUGGAAAAGCUACAGUCUGGCCCCCAGUGUCAAGCCGAGGAAAACUUUGGGAAGGCUCAUAUCAAUCUGAGAGUGUUAUUCCUCGUGCAAAAGCCAUCUUUCAGAAGACAGUAACAGGCCAAGGAAAAUUUACCAGUGAGAAUAAAAUCUGGGAAAGCUCACAACCAAAUCAGAUUAUCCUCUCCCAUGGAAAAGCUGGUAUCCAUCACCCAUCAUUGGGCAGGAGGAAAUUCAUCCAUGAAAGUACAAUGUGGGAAGGAUCACAACCUAAUGAAACUCCUCUCCAUUAUGGAAAAAUUGGCAUCCAGGAUACAUCAGUGAGCAAAGGAAAAUUCAGUCAUGACAAUUCAAUGUGGGAAAGUUCACAAUCAGCUGAGACUUCUCUUCCUCAAGGAAAAGCUAUAAUUCAGCAAACACCAUCAAAUCCAGGGAAAGUUAAAUCUGAGAACACAAUCUGGGAAGGCAUACAACCACAUGAGAGCUCACUCUCCCGUGGAAAAUCUGCCCAGAAUUCAUUGAUCCGAGGAAAAUCCAUUCAUGAGAAUCCAGUGUGGGGAUCUUCAAAACCAUCUGAGACUCCUCAGUCCCACUGGAAACCUAAUGUGCAGCACCCACCAUUGGUUCGAGGAAAACUCAAUCGUGAUAGUACAACGUGGGAAGGUUCACAGAUAGCCAAGACAACCUUAGCCCAUAGAAAAGCUGCACUCUGGCCCCCAGCAUCAAACAGAGGGAAAUUCUCCUGUGAAAGUCCAGGAUCAGAAGUUUCUCAAUUAGCUGAGGUUUCCCAUACUCAUGGGAAAUCUGUUGUUUGGCCUCCUCCUCUAAGCCGAGGAAAAUUUACUAGUGAAAAUUCAGGCUGGGAAGGAACACAAAUACGUGAAACAACCGUCUCUCAUGGAAAAAAUACAGUACAACUUCCAUCAGCAGGUCGAGGGAAAUUCACAAAUAACAGUCCAGUCUGGGAAGGUUCACAGUCAUCUGAGAUUUAUCAGCCUCCUGGAAAAGCUGUUGUUUGGCCCCCACCACUAAGUCAAGAGAAAUUCAGUAGUGAGAGUUCAGGGUGGGAGGAUCCACAAUCAGGCAAGAGUCCCCAGCUCUCAGGAAAAGUUUCUGUUUGGCCCCCACCAUCUGGUCAAGGGAAGUUCAACUGUGAGGACCCCAAGUGGGAAAUUUCACGACCAGUUGAGAUACCACAUCCUCAUGGAAAAUCAAUGGUCACAUCUUUACCUUCCAGCCGAGGAAAAUUUACAUGUGAAAAUAUAGGCCAGGAGGAUUCACAAUCAACUGAAACUAUCAUCUCUCAUAAAAAGCCUAUAGUUUGGCCUCCACCAUCCAACCGUGGAAAAUUCACUUGUGACAAUUCAGCUUGUGAAGAUUCAAAAUCAACAGAGGCUGCAAGUGCCCAAGGAAAGCUGAUUAUUCGCCUACAAUCAACAGGCCAAGGAAAAUUAUCCAAUGAUAAUUCCAUAUGGGAAGACUCACAUUCAGGUGAAACUCUCCUUCCUGGAAAAAAUGCAAUUCGUUCCUCUCUAGGCAGAGGGAAAUUCACCUGUGAUAGUCCAAAGUGGAAAGGUUCACAAAUAGCUGGAACAAACUAUGCUUUUGGUAAAACCGCCACCAAAAUUCCACAAUCAAGCAGGGGGAAAUUAAACUUUGAAAAACUUCUAGAAGGUUCUCAAAAAUCUGAAACUCCUCAUGAAAAAGUUACCCUCAAAAGAUCACCAUCCUGUCUUGGGAAAUUUACAUAUGGUAAAUCAGUUUGGGAAAAUUCACAAUUAGCUGAGACUUCCUUAAGUUUUGGAAAAGCUUCCCUCAGGCACUCGCCAUCAUGUCUAGAGAAAUUUACUUAUGAUAAACCAGUUUGGGAAGAUUCAAAAUCUGUGGAAACUCCUCUCCAUAGUGGAAAGGCAAUAGUCUGGCCCCCACUGACAGGUCAAGAAAAAUUGAUGUGUGAAGUUCCAUCAUGGGAAGGUUCAGAAUCAGCAGAGGCUCCCCAUUCCUUUGGAAAAACUACUACCAGAGGGAAAUUCAUUGGUGAAAAUUCAGGCAGAGAAGGUUCCCAAAGUGCUGAGAUUUCCUAUACCUUUGGAAAACCAGUCAUCAGACCCCCACAGUCAGACAUAACAAAGUUAAUAUGUGAGAAUCCCGAAUGUGAAGGCCCACAGUCAACUGAGGCUUCUUUCCCUCGCGGAAAAACCACCAUUCAAAGAACAUCAUCUUGUAGUGAAAAAUUCAGUUGUGAGAAUCAAGCUUGGGAAGACUCACAGUCAGAUGAGAAUUUCCUCUCCAACGGAAAAACAGCAAGCUGGCCUCCACUACCAGGGAGAGGAAAAUUGUCCUGUAACAAUUCAGGCUGGGAUUCCCAAGCAAUUGAUACUACCUACCCUCAUGGAAAAGUGACUCUCCUCCAACCAUUAGGUAGAGGGAAAUGCACUCAUGAGAAUUUAGGUUGGGAAGAUUCACAAUCACCUGAAUCUCCUCUUCCCCAUGGAAAAUCUGCUGUCCAGCCCACACCAACAGGAAAAGGGAAAUUCACUUGUGAGAAUUCAGUCUGGGAAAAUUCCCAGUCAACCUAUAAUCCUCUUCCUCGUGGAAAAGUUGGAGUUCAGCACUCAGCAUUGGUUCGAGGAAAAUUCCGUAGUGAAAGUACAAUAUGGGAAAACUCACAACAAUUUGAGGCUCCUUUGCUUCAUGGAAAAGCUACUGUUUGGCCCCCACAAUCAUCUCGUAUGAAAUUCACUUGCGGGAGUCCAAUCUGGGAAGAUUCACAACCAACUGAGACACCACAUCGUCUUGGAAAAGUUGCUUUGCCGGCUCCACCUUCUAGACGGGGAAAACUUGCAUGUGACCACAAAGCCUGGGAAGGCUCACAAGUAGCAGAAGCUCUUGUACCACUGGGAAAAUCUGUCUUGCGGCCUAUAACAUCAAGCCAAAGAAAAAUGUCCAGUGAGAAUCAAGUCUGGGAAAGUCUUCCAUCACAAAAGCAUUCUAACUGGUACUUGGGCACUGGCUGAUUCUAGAAUGUUUUCUAUUAAUUAUUUCUUUUUUACUUCCUCAAGGAGCACUAAUGUGGUCAUCCAUAAUUCCCUCUUGAAAAUUUUUCCACUAUUGUUACCCCCAACUAGCACAAAUCUACUUCUUCCCAGCUACUAUUAUCUUUUGGACACUAAAGUACUGGCUCCUUACACUGGGACAGUUGACAGUUAAGGCUCCUGUUUUUAAUUUUAAUUCAGAUUCCAUCUCAUCCUGAUUUUUUUUUAUUGUAAUGCUUCACAUUAAGUACAGCGAUGCUUUCUUUUAAGACACUGAGUUUCUGGCAAACCUUUCGAUUGAUAACCUGUUUAUCAGAGUACUAGAAAUUCUUGAUUUAACAAGUCUAGGAGAAAUUAACAUAUUCUUUGUUUAUCUGAUACUUCUGGAUCUUUUCUGCCACUGUUAGUGAACAACUUCUUUUCUUUUUAAAAUCAUGUCAUUUGAUUAUAUAAGUAUUUGUGUAUUCUCAAGGUAGUUAUUUCUCAAUUCUUCUUAUUCUCCUUAUAUUUAAUGAGUAGCUCUUGACUUAACUGGUUUUCUAACUAAAAAAAGUCUUGGCAAUAUCCUUAAUACCUUGGUAUUCAUAUUGACCAUUACUAAUACUGCACCAUGUCUUAGAUCACCCAACUCAAAUGACAGUCUCCUUUGUUUUAUUUCCCCUAAUUAUUAGAGAAUUCAUAACUAUCAUUUAAAAUUGCUCUGUAUCCUAAAAUCUCAGUCAACCUGAACAUGCCCUUUGACCUCACUGUAAUCUCUUGUUCAAAAGUUCUUUCUGUUGUCAACCAAUAGGUCCUAAGACAUGCCCCAUUUGGUCAUUGCUUGGGUCUCAUUGACUCAGAUUGAAUGUAAAUAGCAGUCAUUUUUGGUUUGGAAAGAAAUCCUGAGGAUCUUCCCCAUAUUCAUUAUUCCUUUAUUUAUUUAGAUUUGGGGGAGCGUGGUGAAAAAGGAAAUUCUUUGCCUCAAUUGCUAUCUAGCCUUAAUCAUUGAUUGGAUGUGAUCUCAGUCAAACUGAGACCUGUUAAAGACCUUAGUUUAAAAAGAUAAAAAUCUCCCAUUUCACCCAGGGCCGAGAUUUCCAUUUAUCCUGAUCUAUAUCUGGCCACUGGACCCAGUUGGCUCUGGAGGACAAAGUGAGGCAGAUGGCUUUGCACAGUUCUCCCUCACUUAUUCCAGUUCAUGUGCAUGUUAUAGCUUCAUCUCCCUGCUGUCAUGGUCAUCUUCAAGAAUGAAGGACAACAACCAGUUCACAAUUGUCAAGUUCUUAGUCCUCAUCUCAUCUCCUUCCAUUACUUAAAUUAUUGUAUCUAUGAUGCCUACUUGGAAUCAUAGUAUGACAGAUUUAGAAAUGGGAGAGAUUUCAGAGGCUAUCUUGUAUACCCUUGGAUCUACAGAAAAAUAAACAAAGAUACAAGGAGUUUAAAUGAUUUUUCCAUAGAAACACAGGUGGCAAUUAAUAGAGCUGGAAUCCAAAGCCAUGUUUUCUGAUGAUAAGUCUAGUGCCCUUUCUACCAUUCCAUGAUACUUACAAAUAAGUUUCUAUCUUUAGCAACCUCCUUUCCCACCAUUAUUAAUUCAGUUAGCAAUAAUUUAAUUAUUAUCUAUUGUCUGCAAAGCACUGUUGUAGUGUGUGUGUGUGUGUGUGUGUGUGUGUGUGUGUGUGUGUGUGUGUGUUUUGGAGGGGAAGUGAAGUAGCCAUAAAGAAGAAGUUACAACCUGUAUGAAGUUAUUAAGAGCCAUUUCUCAUUCUCUAUAUUUUCUUCCUUUUAGAAGGAAUGCUCACCAUUCCCAGUUACUCAUCAAUAUUCAAUUCUCUUCUAUGAUAAAGAAUCAUCCCCUCUGAUGUAGAAUUCUGCAUGGAAUAGUGCACAGGGCACUAGAUUCAUAAACAGGAAGAUUUAGUUUCUAAUUGCAUCUAAAAAUAUCUUCUAGUUAUAUGAUCCUGCACAAAUCAUUUAGCCUCUCUGUGCCCAUUUCCUCAUCUCUAAAAUGAGGAGUGUAUACUGCUUGUCACAUGUAUAUCUUUCAGUUCCAACACCUAUGAUCCUAUGGCUUCAGGACUCUUUGAUUUUAUCAGCAUGGAUGCUUUCACUAUUAAUGUAGAUCAAAAUAACUCUAUCUCUUCAGCAAUAUGUUCUUCAGGAGAUGAUGUGGUACCACAACUAACGAGGCUGGUCCUAGAAAGGAAGAUAUAGAGCAUAUUUCUGGAUUCAAUCUUGGAAUGAUCUGCCAGCUUGAGAAGUGCUACAAUGAAGUCAUAGUUACCUCUGUACCACAAUGAGGAAAUGAAGAAGGUGUAGUGGAAAUUCCUUGUAAUAAAUAUGUGUAUUAACAUAGAAGUAGAAAUAAUAACAGAAGAUUCCCCAUGAAAAUGGGAUAGAAUCUAUUUUAGCAUCAGUUAGCAAGUAUUUGUUAGAUGCCAAAAGUGAUGACUGUUUAUAGGAACAACUUCUCUGUGAGCUUUUUGCUAAACAGAAUCUUUGAUAUGCAAUACUGCCACAAGUAUAAGAAAACAAAUUGACUUAUAGUUAUGUAAUAUCUUUCUAAACCUAAUUUAACACGAAAAAUUAUAUUUGUUGUACAGUAGAAACUAGUUAAGGCACUUUCAGCCAACCUAGCAGUUCUUAUAAAUAGAAGGAUUAGAUUUUGCUCCCUUAGGUUUUCCUAUGCCUGUCAACAUUUUUAAAAAAUGAUAUUUUUUUUGCCAAUAAUGUGCUUGUAUUCAAACUAUAGAAAAUGAAUAGAAGGUAGCUUGCCCUUUCUUUGACCCUUAAUGUUGUUACUAACAAAAUCAGGAAAAAAAUGGUACUACAUAAAAUUCAGGGAAUAGAUGAAGUUCUGAAGCCUGUUCAGAUAAUAUUAGAUUAAAACAUCUCAGUAUUCAUAGUCAUUAUUAUACUACAUUUUUGGUGCUGGCUAAUUAGAUAGUUGACUUCCACCUGAGGCAGAGAUGAAGGCACAGAGGCAAUAAUAUUGAUGUCUAUGUGUUCAUGAGUGCAGUCCCUGACAGCAAAAAAAUUUUAACAACUUUUGUUUUUAUGAUUUUCUGACUUACCGAUUGGUAAAGUUCAAGGGUACUUGGAUUCUGCUUUGUUACAAUUUCCAACACCCCUUGUGUAUCUCAUUUUAAAACUAUAUAGACUUUUACAGUAGAGGGCCUUAUAAAAUCAGGUUUUUGUUUGUAUAGAGCUCUUUGGGUAAGUUGUAGUUGUACAGAUGAUUCAUUCCCAAAGCCAGAGAGAAACUAGAAUCUAAAAUGGUACUGAGACAUAUACAUUUUUUUUUAAUAUCCUUGUGUAAAUAAAUAUCCCAUAGUAAUUUUCAUUGCUAUCAAUAAAAUUUGUAGUUAGUUUCAGAUGAGUGUAACUUUAUCUCUAUUUUUAAAACCUUAGAUGUAACUGACAAAUUUGUCAAUCAAUUUUUUAUUCAUGUAAACAUUUAAGUACAGAAUAGUGCAUAAGUAUUGUAGGAGAUUCAGAAGAAAUGAAAAGAUAUUGCUUUUGCCUUAAAGAGCUUAUGAUCUAAAAAGGAUGGUUGUUAUUAUAGUUGGUAAAAGCAUUCCUGAAAUUUUGAAUGAGUACACAAAUAGUAAAGUUUUACUCUGGAAAUAUCUUUUUUAGAUAAUUAAAAAAGAGAAGUCAUCACAAAAUAAGACUAUCAGUAGUUAGGUUAUAUUGGCACUGUGAAACCCUCUGCCUGGACUUUUGUGGCUAGAGGAUCACCAAAAUAAUUUAUCAAAAUUGCUUUGUAAAAUGUAAAAUCCUAUACUGAUAUAACUUUUUGUUAUCAUCAUCAUCAUCAUCAUCAUUAUUAACAUUACCUAUUAAUUAAAUAGUAAAUCAAUAAUAGAGACAAUGUUCUUAUAAUAUACCGGGAGUCCAAGGUCUGUUUUGGUCCUGGAUACUGGUUCUAAAAUUUAUUGAUUGUAAGACUUUGGUCAACUAACAUCAUUUCUCCAAGAUUCAGUUGCCUCAUAAGUAAAAUGAAGAUUAAUAAUUUAGAUUUUUUAUAGACAAAAGUAAUAACAGAGAAUAUGAAUUACAUAUGGGACAUGCUUACCAUUACAUACUUAUCACUGAAUCCUGAUCAUCUUCUCACUGAACAGCUAGUCUUUUUUCUACAAUAUACUCAUAUGUUGACUUAACGGAUAUUUUUUCAGAAUAAAUUGAGGUAUCGUGUGUUGAGAUACUCUAUAAAAUAUAAAACUAAAAAAUAUAAAACAUAUAGUAAUUAUGAUGAUGAUGAUGAAGAGGUCUGUAGUGUCUCAUUUGAGUGGCAAUACUUCUCUCACAGAAGGCAAGAAUGUAUUCCUAACUUUCUUUUAGUUUUGUUUUAGUUUUAUAGAAUAAUGAGCAAUGGAGAGAAUAGGAUAGAAGGACAAAUACCAAUAUGAAAUAAUAGCAUAGCUGAUCAUUUCAUGGAGACAUGGCCUCAACAUCUAUCGUCUGAGUAUAGGAAUUUCUAUGCUCAUCAUCAGGUCCUUUGUGAGUUAGAGAGAAGAAGGAAUGUAAGAUAGAUAUAGGACCAUUGCUCAGUAAGAAUUUGGUUUUCAUUGACAUAAUAAAUUAAAAUUUUUUUAUGUUCUCAUUUUUCCUUUGCCCUUUAUCAAUCAUUAGAACUGUUUUGUUUAUGAACUAAAUAUAUUAAUAUCUUAAAUGUGCUUGUAAUGCUUCUCAGAAAGCUUAUAAAAUCAUAGAUUAAAAAGAAAUGUUAAUCAUU